AAAGGCGGGCGCCAAUUAUAUGCCGGGGCUGGGGGGCGAGGGUGCGGCAGAAGGGAGCUACAGAGGAGUAGGCCUCCCCAGGGCAGCUGUCCGUUCCUCGCACCACUCCGCGGAUUUAUUAUCUUUGAAUUACAGAGUUGCUAGACUUCUGGCUUAAUCAAAGUUAAUUAACAAAUGGAAGAAAAGUGGUAUUAUACAGAAAACAAUGGCAGUGGAGAUAACUGUCAAAAUAUUCAAAGGAGGAACGAUUCAGUUUCUAGUUCAUCAAGGCGCAUCCACCGAGCUCUCGAAAAACUUGUAUCUAAUUCAGCAGUCUCUUUGGAUCUGAGUCGAAAAGAUCUACAGCAUCUUACUUCAGAAAUAUACAGAUUAUUUAAUCUCAGAUAUUUACAUCUGGAAGGAAAUGCCCUUUCUAUAAUUCCUGAAGAUUUUUUUCAGACCUUGUCAAAUCUUACUUGGCUAGAUCUGCGCUAUAAUAAAUUGAAAGAGCUUCCUUCUGGGAUUGGAUGCCACAAGCAGCUGAAAACUCUCCUGUUAGAGAAAAAUCCUAUUAAAAGGCUACCAGUGGAGCUUGGUAAGGUAGUUUCACUUACAGCCUUAAAUCUCAGGCAUUGUCCUCUGGAAUUUCCCCCCCUUGAAGUGAUACAGAAGGGUCUGGCAUUCAUUUUAUGCUUCCUCCGAAAGAACUAUAAUGAAAAUAUUGAGUAUGCAGAGUCUAUUUCUCCAGAAAUGCCUCCUGUUGAAAAAUUAAAUUUGGCAGACCUCAUGAAAUCCAGUUUGGAUUUGUCAGACGGAUGGCCUAAUGAGGAGGAAAUGAUACGAUUUAAGAAGCUAAGGGAUGAACUUAUCCAAGAUGAAAGACAGGAGUAUCCUGAAGACAAAAUAGUAACCAAUGAAUCCAUGCCUACAUUAAGGAGAACCAGAACAAAGGAAAGCCUCUCUCGUAAAUCAUCUAUACUUUCAUCAAGGGAUAAAAAGAAUCUGUUUCCUGCGGCUUCAUCAUACGAUUUCAUAAUCCAAAGUAAGAUGGCAGAGGAGUGCAGAUUGGCAGCAUUAAAAGAAAUGAGGGAAAAACAAGCUUUAAUUGAACAGCGGAGAAAAGAUAAAGAAGUUCUUCAGAAAUGGAGAAAACAGGCCAGGAAGAUAAGAGAAAAGAAAGGAAUCUUGUACACAUAUUCACCCCAAAAAGGAAAUACAAUGGUAUCACAAAGUGCACCUUAUGCUACAGAUAAUAUUAAGAGCAAUGAUAAGCUAGAGGGGUGGAAAGAACCACCUGACCUGGAUGAGCAGAUUGAAACAGCACAAAAUAUAAAUUCAAUGAAAGCCAUUGAUACCUUCAGAACUGCAAAAUACAAAGAAGUAGAAAAUCGCAUUAAACAACACACACAAUUAAUGAAAGAAAGAAGAAAAAUGUUAAGAGGGCUACCCAAAGAAGAUAUGGAAAAAGCAAAUCAAGACCUCGAAACUGUUGAGCAUUUUGAGGAGCAGCUUGCUGAACUGAAGAAGGACCUUCACAAGGAGUAUCGUUUCACCGCUUUUACAGGCGAGCUGCUUCCUACAGCAGAUAAUCUCCUACCCACAAAUAUAUUUUCUAAAAUGACAUUUUAA